AGCCAAGGACGAAGACUAAACAGGUCAAUAAGGACCUUAGUCUACAACAAGUUCUCUUAAAGCAAAUGCAAGACGCCAAUUGCAUGGGAUUCAAUCCAUCCCCCUCUCCAUGGAUAGAAGCAAGUUGCCUCCCUUCCUCUAUUGGCUUUUGUACUUAGCUACAAUCCACUUGGUGUUGUCUUCCACAGCAACAGUAGCAGCUAGUCCAGUUCCAGCAAAUUCAGAAGCAGAAGCUCUCCACCAGUGGGUAAAAAGCUUUGGCUCACCUUGCGAAUAUUGGCGCUUUUGCGGUAACGACCCAUGCAACUGGACCGGUAUUACAUGCAACCGUGCCAAAAGUGUGAUCGGAAUAAGAUUACCAAAUAGUUUCAUCAGCAGCAUCCUUGGUAACCUCAACUUCUCCUACCUUCCUAACCUUACCGAUCUCGAUCUCAGUUAUAAUUUUCUGUAUGGAAGUAUUCCUACAAGCAUUGGUAGUCUCUCCAAACUCGUAAGCCUCAAUUUGUCUGACAAUCAGCUUUCAGGCUCCAUUCCUUUAGAAAUAGGAAAUCUUUCUUCUCUAAACAUGCUAUGGUUAGCUAGUAACAAUCUCAGUGGUAUGAUUCCUCCCUCAAUAGGCAAUUUGAAAUUCCUGCGAUCACUUGAUCUAUCAUGGAAUUCCUUGACUGGGCCGAUACCUAAUGAGCUGGCAUUAAUGCCGCAACUUACAGAAGUACGCUUGAGCAAAAAUUUUUUGAAUGGGGAGAUACCCAUCAGUUUCUUCCAUUUCCGGGUCAGCGUUCUGGACCUCUCCCACAACAACCUCUCAGGCACUUUACCACCAUCAAACUUUCCACUUCCCAUAGAAUUUGAUCUAUCAUACAAUAGCUUGGAGAUCCAUCGAAGCUGGGCCAACUACUAUGGGUUGAAAGGAACGCUUUAUGGGAACAAAUGUUGCAUCGAUGACGUGCAUGGAAAGCACAGAAUUCUCAUCUUUAUUGCGGUUCCUGUUCUUAUAUCGCCAUUUAUUAUUGCAAUCCUGUAUAAAUGUAAAUGUGCAUCUAGUCCGCAAAAAGAGAAGGAAACAGCAAAAGAGAUCGUUGAAAUAAGAACUUCAAAUGUAUUCUCCAUUUGGAAAUUUGAUGGGAAGGUUGUGUUUGAAGACAUCAUAGAAGCAACAGAGAACUUCGAUGACAUAUACUGUGUUGGAAUUGGUGGGAGUGCGUGUGUCUACGAAGCAGAGUUACCUACAGGUCAAGUGGUGGCAGUGAAGAGAAUUCAUUCACCUGACAAUGGAGAACUUCCCCACGACACAACCUUCAUAAAUGAGAUACGGGUGAUGACCGAAAUCCGGCACCGCAACAUUGUGAAACUUUAUGGAUUCUGUCUGCACAGCAGAUUCAUGUUUCUAGUUUGCGAGUACAUGGAAAAUGGAAGCUUAAGUGAAAUAUUAUUCAAUCACCGAAGAGCCAUGGAGUUGGAUUGGGAUAGGAGGGUGAGGACAGUUAAAGAUGUCGCCAGUGCGCUGAGUUACUUGCAUCAUGAUUGCUCCCGACCAAUAGUGCAUCGAGACAUAUCGAGCAACAAUAUCUUGUUUGAUUCAGAAUUAAGGGCUUUUAUCUCUGAUUUUGGUGCUGCAAAACUCUUGAAUCUUGAUUCCUCGAACUGGACGGCUUUUGUAGGCACCUGCGGAUAUGCUGCUCCAGAGCUUGCUUACACGAUGAAGAUAACAGAAUGGUGCGAUGUCUAUAGCUUUGGAGUGGUGGCGUUUGAAGUAUUGAUGGGAAGACAUCCUGGAGACCUCGUUUUAUCAUUAUCAACGUCUAUUACUGACCGGAACAUGUUGGUAAAAGAUGUGUUGGACCAGCGUCUCUCAUCUCCCCCUUCCGCCUUGGAGAUGAAGGAAAUAUGCAACAUAGUUGCAGUGGCACUUUCUUGCAUAUGUUGGGAUCCGAAAUACAGACCCACAAUGCGAUGCGUAACCCAAAGGUUGUCAAAAUCUCGUCUACCUUCGCUUGAGCCGGUUGACGGAAUUACCCUGUUCCAGUUGAAGAAUCUUAAUGUGUAAUGUUGUCUCGAGGUUGGCCUGGAUUGUUGUAGGAUCAAGAAUUCUGAUUAUUCACAGCUUCAUGUGCAUUACCAAAUGGCAUCAGGUAUCAGCAUUUUUUGUUUCUCUUGAUUCCGC